CGUGCGUUUUUUUUCCACGCUCGCUGUCAUAUGACGUACAAUGUGAGAGACCGAAAGCCACCUCUUGAACAACACAUGUGGGGAUUUUGUUGAUCGAAGCUAAUGAAUUCUAACAACAAGUGAUCUAAAUCAGUUCAGCUGUCCUUAAACUGCAAAUUGUGGGGGUUUACUCACGUCUUCCAAAGCAAGAUGGCAAAAAGCAAUCUCCAGUUCAAGACCAACUAUGCUGUUUCCAGCACUAUCGAACCAUUCUACAAGGGAGGAAAAGUACAGAUCAGUAAAGAUGAGAAAUUCAUAUUUUGUACGUGUGGCACACGUGUCAACGUCUUGCAAAUCGUUACAGGGAAGAUUGUUCACAGUAUUGAACAGGAUGAUCAGGAGGACAUUACAUCAUUCGCCCUCAGCCUUGAUGAUGAGAUCCUGGUAACAGCCAGCAAGGCUCUGCUGCUGAAGCAAUGGGACUGGAAGCAAGCCCAGUGCACACGCUCCUGGAGGGCCAUCCACAAUGUGCCCAUUGCCAGCAUGACCUUUGACCCCACCGCCACGCUCCUGGCCACAGGAGGCUGUGAUGGCACCAUAAAGCUGUGGGAUGUGGUGAAGCAGUACUGUACGCACAACCUGAAGGGCUCCUCUGGGGUCGUACACCUGGUGGAGUUCCACCCAGACAUAAGUCUACUGCAGCUCUUCUCCUCUGCGUCAGACUGUGGCAUCAGGAUGUGGGACCUGCGCUCCAGCCAGUGUCUGUGCGUGCUGCAGAGCCACUACAGCCCUGUCACCUCUCUUGCCUUCACUCCUGAUGGAGCCUCCAUGGUCAGCUCUGGCAGGGAUAAGAUCUGCACAGUGUGGGAUCUGAAGAGCAGGACUGCCAGGAGGACAGUGCCCGUCUAUGAGGCUGUGGAGAGUGUUGUGCUGCUCCCUGAGGACGAAGAUUUCUCUGAGAUCGGGGUGAAAACUAAAGAGAUCCACUUCAUCACAGCAGGCAGCAAAGGUGUGCUGAGGGUGUGGGAUGCCAGCUCGGCCCGCUGUGUGUUCGCCCAGACGCUCCCCUCCGCUCCCUCCGCGGGGGGCUCCGAAGAGGGGGGAGAGGAGUAUGGAGACCCCCGGAGCCUCACCUACUGCCUCCCCCUGCCCUCCUCCCUAAGGCUGGCCACAGUCACAGCAGAACAUAACAUACUGCUCUACCAGCUGCCCUCCUUCACCACACAGCAACAGUUUGUUGGCUUCAACGAUGAGGUCCUGGAUGUGAAGUUUCUGGGCAAGGGUGACACUCACAUUGUCGUGGCGACCAACAGCUCCCAGCUCAAGGUGUUUGACCUGGCCACCAGCAGCUGUAAGAUCCUCUACGGACACACAGAUACCGUCCUGUCACUCGACGUGUUCAAGAAAGGGUCCCUGUUUGUGAGCUGUGCAAAGGAUAAGUCAGUGCGUGUGUGGAGACAGGAUCCAGACAGUGGUCAGGUGUGUUGUGUGGCCCAGGGCUGCAGCCAUGCUAACGCUGUGGGCUCCAUCACCUGCUCCAGGAUGAAGGAGUCGUUUGUGGUGUCUGGUAGUCAGGACUGCACCAUCAAGGUGUGGGAUCUCCCAGAGACCAUCCCGGAAACAGACGGAGACAUGUUCCAGCUGACCGCCCGGGUCACAGAGAAGGCACACGACAAAGAUGUGAACAGCGUGGCAGUGUCCCCCAACGACAAGCUCUUGGUGUCUGGUUCCCAGGACCGCCUGGCCAAGCUCUGGUCCCUGGGGGCCCCCGGGGCUGACCUGGCCCUCCUGGGGGUGUUCCGGGGCCACCGCCGGGGGGUCUGGUGUGUCCAGUUCUCUCCCAUGGACCAGGUGCUGGCAUCCUCCUCAGCCGACGGCUCCGUCAAGCUCUGGAGCCUCCAGGACUUCAGCUGCCUCAAGACAUUUGAAGGCCACGAUGCCUCUGUGCUGAAGCUCAUCUUUGUGAGCAGAGGGACUCAGCUUCUCACAAGUGGGUCAGAUGGGCUGGUCAAGCUGUGGACCAUCAAGACCAACGAGUGUGUAAAGACGCUGGAUGCCCACCAGGACAAGGUGUGGGGUCUCCACGCCACCAGGAAGGACGACCGUGUUGUCACCGCCUCGGCCGACUCCAACAUCACUGUGUGGACGGAUGUGACCGAGGUGGAGCAGGCAGAGGAGCAGGCGAAGCAGGAAGACCAGAUACUCAAGAAACAGGAGCUGUCUAACCUGCUUCAUGAGAAGAAGUACCUGAAGGCUCUGGGCCUGGCCAUCUCCCUGGACCAGCCACACACUGUGCUCAAAGUCAUUAAAGCGAUCCGCCAGGGGGAAGAUGGUGCUAAGCAGCUGGAGAAGACUGUGCUGAAGCUGCGUCAGGACCAGAAAGAGUCUAUGCUGCGCUACUGUGCUGUGUGGAACACCAAUGCCCGGAGCUGUCUGGACGCCCAGGCUGUGAUCCAGGUGAUGCUCACACACCUCUCCCCUGAAGAGCUGCUCCAGUACCAAGGAGCACGUGCACACCUGGAGGGACUCAUACCUUACACUGAGAGGCACAUGCAAAGGAUAGGCCGUCUGCUGCAAGCCUCCAUGUUCCUGGACUACAUGUGGCAGAAGAUGAGAGUGACAGGAGCUCCAGCCAGUAUGGACUCGCAGGAUGAGGAGAUGGACACCGCCUCUCUUCAGGUGCCACACCCCCUGUUCAUGAUUGACAAGCGACCAGGUGAGGGUGGAGAUGGGACUAAGGAACAGAGGGAUGGAGAGGAGAGAUGGAAUGAGGGAGAGGCGGAGGAGGACGAUGGUCUCGAGGAAGAUACCAACUGCCCGGCCAACAUGGAGGAUGAUGAUGAUGAUGAUGAAGUCAGUAUCACCAGGAAAGCCUCAGUCAGGGGACAAAGGGAAGAAAAUGGACAGAACGGGAAAAAAAAUGGCAACCAUCACUCUGGCAGUGAGGAGAGUUCAAGAGAGAAGGACCGAGGAGACCAAACAGAGGCUGAGAUCCUCCUGUCUGCAGCGUCCCUUCCACCCCUCCAGGCAAUCAUCAGCUGAUGGCAGACUGUCUGACAUCAAGCCCACUAAGGAUUCCAUGAGUGUGAACCCGCGGGAGUCUCCUUCAGCAUGGACCACUGCCUGGAGCAACAGUGUGGCUUUAUAGACACUGACGGACAGAGAAGCAGGUCCUGAACGACCUUUUAUAAUAAACUGGUUUUGAGGUUGAUAGGCCUGGCUGGCAGCCAUUUUGGAAAACCGUGUAAUUUUUCAUAAAUAGUGCCACAAGUUUUUCUUGACCAUGUUAGCUCAUCGGGAAAAACUCUGGGUGCUAUUGGAAGCCUGCUAAUGGUACCUAGUGGAAGCCUGCUACUGGUACCUAGUGGAAGCCUGCUACUGGUACCUAGUGGAAGCCUGCUACUGGUACCUAGUGGAAGCCUGCUACUAGAGGUCAGAAAUUGUCGAGGCUCUACCUGUAACUUCUUCCCCAUUCUUCAACAGAAACCAGUGCUUGUGAAUUUUUAUAUUUGUAUGUUGUUGUGCAGUCCUGCUCUUCCACAUAAACAACACAUUUUGUUUGUCAUGAUUACAAAUGCAUCUGGAAUAAAAUGUAUGCCUUGUA